AUGAAGAAAACGACAAGGAUUAGUUGCCUAAUAUGGUGUUCCCUUCCUUUGAGAAAAAAUCCUAGAUUUAGAAAUGCUGCCUAAGGAGCUUUCAGAUAUUCUGUUCCAAAUUGAAACAUUUUCUAGCAAUGGUGGUGGUGUUGCUGAUGACCCUAUUCAUGAUUUUCUUUCCUUCAACAUGGUUGACUUCGCCGCCUCUGGGGCUGCGAAGAAAACCAGGGAAGGAAACAACAGCGAGCGGCGGAAGCAACCAGUGAAGAAAUCUGAAGGUAAAGAAGUUCAAAGGUCGUGUAUAGGUGUGAGGAAAAGGCCUUGGGGGAAAUUUGCUGCUGAAAUCCGAGAUACAACACGAAACGGGGCGAGGGUCUGGCUCGGGACAUUUGAUAAUGAAGAGGAUGCUGCUUUGGCUUAUGACCAAGCUGCAUUUUCCAUGAGAGGUAGCAAUGCUGUUCUUAAUUUUCCUGUGAAAAGGGUUAAAGAAUCUUUGCAAGAAAUGGAAAAUGAUUGGGGCAAAGGGUGUUCCCCUGCACUUGCACUCAAGGAGAGGCACUAUGUGCAAAGAAAAUUGUCACCAAAGGGUAAGAAGAGUAAAGGGGAAAAGUUAUCAGAGGGAACUAGUGUGUUGGAGCUAGAGGAUUUGGGUGAUGAAUAUCUUGAGCAACUUCUAAGUAUGUCAGAUCAAAGUGAAAGCCAUAGCUACUCGAUGUAAAUCUGUCUACUUUUUUUUUACCCCUUUUUUCCAGUUUUUCUUGGUUGAUUUGGGCUUUUGUUGUCUCUGUUUAAUAAAAUCCUGCACUGUUUUCUUCUUUA